CCCGUCGUCUGCAGCGGACGGCCGAGUCUUACGUGUUGUUAUUAUUGUUAUUAACGUCAUUUUUUAUCAACACUUCUCUCCUCUUCGCCUUUUUAUUCCCGUUGGGUGUUCUCCUCUUCUUCUCCUCCGUGUCCUUGUCUCCCGUUUUCGCUUCUUUUCAUGCCAGUUAUUUUGGGGGAAGGAAAUUAAAAGAGUUGAAAUGAUUUGCUAGAAGAUGGCACACCAAUCAACUGCAGAAUUCUAGCAAAGGAUUCAGGCAUAACCCCCCUCGAGCCAUAUUUCCCCCUCCCCCCCCUCCCUACCCUCUCCCACAGUGCAGACCCCUUCCCCCCUCUACACUGCUAUGGCCGGACUGGAUGACUACCAGUUCUUCUCUAAUCUACGUGAACGCGACACCCCCUUCUGGCAGAAAACCUACGCAGGGGGGGGUGUCGACCGGCCCCACCACGAAGCGAUGAUGAUGCCCGGUGAGACGUACAAGCGGCCAACAGAAUUCCCCCAGAAUCUGCUCAACCCGGCUCUUGCCCCCCACCCCACCUCUGCCUCAGGCACCAAGCCCUACGAUGCGGUGGACUCGUCCAAAGGGAAUGAUAUUCAGAUGGAAAAGUAUGGCGAGCUCUCUAUAAAUCUUGUCAGCUUGUGUGCGGAAAAUCUGCUCAGUCACCCCUUCAUUGUGGUCCGGAGGCAGUGCCAGGUGAACGUGAACAGCCAGCGUUACCACCUCCUGCCCAUCACCUUGGUGCCGGCCUUAAUCCACAUGCAGGGGUGCCAAGGGGUCUCGGCAUUCUGGAAGGGCCUUGGCUCCGUUCUGACUGUGAGGGGAGUCACCCUUGCCCUGGAAGACUGCCUCUCCAAGUUCACGCCGUGGCCCAAAGAAAUUUCCCCUCACAGUUCUCCCAAAACAAUUGGCCAACACCUGCUCCUCAAGUGCUCUGCCUUGGCCCUCAUAACCCCCUUCUACAGUGCGAGCCUAGUGGAAACAGUGCAGAGCGAGAUUGCGAGUGAAAAGCCAGGUGUGCUGGACGUUUUCAAGGAAGGCCUCACACGACUACUGUCUUUCACGCAGCCUCAGACAGGACGCAUGCUCCCUGUAUGGUUGCUCAUCCUCCCCACAGUCACACACGGAAUUCUGCAGUACUUAAUCGGCAACGCAGUCUCUACCAUAACGUCCCAUGCUUUGAGACGCUACCAAAAGCAGGACCAGCAGAAACAGGGUGCCGUAAGCAAAGACUCAGGUUCUUUCCUGGAUGCUUCCGUACGCCUGCAAUCAGCUUUUAUCGGCCACCUUGCCUCGGACGUUAUUCUCUAUCCCUUGGAGACUAUUUUGCAUAGGCUGCAUAUGCAAGGCACUCGCACAAUCAUCGACAGCCUUGACGUAGGCUACGAGGUCAAGCCGAUCCUGACACGAUACGAAGGCUUUUUCGAUUGCCUCCAUACCACCAUUCACGAGGAAGGGUUCUUUGGCCUCUUUAAGGGUUUUGGUGCAAUGUGCAUGCAGUACGCUCUCCAUGCGGCCGUUCUGAAAUUUGCGCAGGUCAUUAUUAGGGAAGUCACCUUUAUCCUCGUCCCCCCGAAGCCCAAGCUAAAGCAACAGCUUCCGCAGGACCGGCUGGAGCCCACACAGCAGGACUUAGUGGGUCCCCUGGCUCCCAGUGCUCCCUACACGCCCCUCCAGGCCGUGCCCCCCCCUGGCAUGGCGGGCCUGCACUCCCCCCCCCUCACCUCCUCCCCCCGCCACCACCAGGGCUCCCCCCGGCAGGGCCCUCACGGAGCAGGCAGGGGCCUUGUCUCCGGGGGCUUGGGGGACACCUCCUCCCCAGCUCGACGGCUGCGCGAUUUUGACGUGCGAGCUGAAAUGGAAAAGCACAAAUUCAAUCUCUCCAUUGACGACUGAGGGCCAUGCAGCUAGCAACAUUUUUUUUUUCCUUAAUUAAUAAUUGUUAUUUUGUUCGCUUGGUUGUUUCAUAGAAUGAUGAAUUAAAAGCUUUUUUUUUUAAGGUGAGGUAUGAUAGAUUGGUCAUUUCUGAAGCCAAUUUUCGAUUUUAAUUUUUCUUUUGUAUGCUGAAACAUUUGUCUUUUUUCUUUUCUUUUCUUUCUAUCUCUCUUUUCUUUUCUUUUCUUUUUUUCUUUUUUUUUCAGGAGAGGUUGGAACUGCCCCAUUUAUGUGACAAGGUUAUGUUCUGUUAUAUAUAUUUAGAAUUUUCUUUUCCUUUGUUUCUUUCUUCCAAAAUUUGAGCAUUUGUGACAGUAGCCCACAGCCUUUUUAUUUCAACAUAGUCAUCACGGUUUUACAACAUUCAUGCCAGAUAUAUAUAAACACAUCCCUAUAUCUAUACACAGUAAUAGUAUUAUCAUUAUAUUAACUGUCUUGACUGGUUAAAAUACCCAUAUCCAAAUGCUUCCUUCAUUUAGUAUGUGGAUAAUUCUCCUGCUUGUGCCUGUUUCCAAAGUAUUCAGAUGUGAUAAGAUUUCCUUUUUGUUUUCUCAUUUUUAUGUAGAAUAGGCAUUGUGUUAACAGAAAACAGGUUUAGAAAAAAAAUACUCGUUAUCCCUCAUAUAAAUGACUCCUUUUUUUUUUCUCUCACUCCUUUUUUAUUCAUUGUGUCUCUCCUGUUUGAUACGGUGUACAGAACGCAGUUGACGUACAUAUAUACAUAUAAAUCUUUGAGAAGGAUUUUUAAAUAUGUUCUAUAUCCAGUGCUUUGUUGAUUGUAUAUAAAAAUAUUGCUUCAAGUACUCUAGACUGGCCCUUAAUUAUUAGUUGAUUUUGGUAAAAUAAAUGAGAAAAAGGGCUUUGAAAAAGCAAAAUUGUGUUGGGUUCUUUAUAAUAGCAAAAUAUAUCUUGUAUAUGUCCACUGUAGCAUGUUAAGAUGUCCUCUGUAUGUUACUUGUAAAUAAAAGAUUUAAAGUAAA